AUGGGAAGAAAAACAAAAGGAUUUGAUGAUGACGGUUACUACAAUAAUAAAGAAAAAGCUGGUGGUAGUGCUGGUAAAGCAUUAAAAGGAGUUUUUAAUAAGAGAGGAUCAAAUCAUAGAGGAUAUAAAGCCGGAGGAUAUGGUGGAUAUUACAAGGCUAUGGAAAUGCUCGAUAAUGAAUCAUCUAUGGAAAUGGAAAGAAAGAAAAAACCAAUAGAAGAUUCUGAAGAGGAGGAAGAAGAGGAGAAAGAAGAAAAGGAAGAAGAAAAAUCUGAAGAAGAGGAAGAAGAAUCCGAAGAAGAAGAGGAAGAAGAAAAAUCGGAAAAGCCUAAAAUUGAUGAUGGUGAAUUCCAACCUCAAAGAGUACAAAAAACUAAAAAGCAAAUGCGUUUAGAAAGAUUAGCACAAAGAAAAUCAGAGAAGGAAAAGGAAAAACCCGAAGUUAAAAAAGAAGCACCUAAAAAGAAGACAAAUUUCCCUAUUGAUUUAGCAAUGUGGGAUUUCCAACAAUGUGAUUCAAAGAGAUGUACAGGUAAAAAGUUAGAAAGAAUGAGAAUGUUGAGAUCAUUACCUGUCUCUUGUCACUUUAGAGGAGUUGUUCUUACACCACAAGGUAAACAAUCAGUUUCAGCAGCAGAUAGAGAAGUUGUUAAAGAACAUGGUGCAUGUGUUGUGGAUUGUUCAUGGAAUUGUUUAGAUAUGGUACCAUUCCAUAAAUUGAAAUCACCAAAUAAUAGAUUAUUACCUUACCUUGUUGCUGCCAAUCCUGUAAAUUAUGGUAGACCAUUGAAAUUAAGCUGUGCUGAAGCUCUUGCUGGAACUAUGUAUAUUUGUGGAUUGAAAGAAGAAGCUAAAGCUCUUUUAGCAAAAUUCAAAUGGGGACAUUCAUUUAUUGAACUCAAUUAUGAUUUAUUAGAAGCUUAUUCACAGUGUAAGAAUAGUGCAGAAGUUGUCGCCGUUCAACAAGAUUAUAUUACAAAAUUAGAAAAGGAAGCUAGUUCAAAAGAAAAGAGUGAUUCUUCAGGAAAUAUUGUUUCUGCUGAUGAUUUAUAUGGCGAAUAUUUUACAAAAGAUGAUGAAAAUGAAGAAGAAGGUGUUGAAGAUGAUUUGGUAGAACCACUUUCUGAUGAAGAAGAGGAAGAUGAUGACGAUGAAGAAGAAGAAUAAAUUAUUAUAAACAAAAUAAGAUC